AUGGGAGUCCCCAGAACCAUCCUGCUCUGCCUCUUUGGGGCUGCGUUCUGCCUGACAGCGUCCCAGGCCCGACAAUGCUACAACUUUCAACACAUCUACUUCGGGCCCUUUGACCUCAGCGGCAUGAAAUUCCACAAUGUCUCCUGUCCCCAUGGAUGCUCUGAGGCUGUCUUGUCCCUGGACACUGGCUACCGCGCCUCAGUGACCGUGGUACAGAAAGGCUGCUGGACAGGCCCGCCUACCGGCCGAACGCUGUCCGACGACCACGCGCUGCCGCCAGACUACUCGGUGGUGCGCGGCUGCGCGACCGACUUGUGCAACGCCGACCUCAUGACCCACGACUCCAUCCCCAAUUUGAGCCCGGCGCCCAACCCGCCGACUCUCAGCGGCUUGCAGUGCUAUGCCUGCUUGGGGAUCCACCCGGAGGACUGCACCCCGGAGAAGUCUCGACAGGUCCGCUGUCACCAGGACCAAAGUGUCUGCUUCCAGGGCAAUGGCCAAAUGACCGUCGGCAAUUUCUCAGUCCCCGUGUACAUCAGAACCUGCCAUCGGCCCUCCUGCACCAUCAAGGGCACCUCCAGCCCCUGGACAAACAUCGACCUGCAGGGCUCCUGCUGUGAGGGGCACCUCUGCAAUAGGGACUCCGUGACCCAGCCCUUCACCGCUGCCUCGGGCACUGCCCCUUCCCAGGCGCCCUUCCUCAUGGCCCCGCUCCUCAUGGUCUCCCUGCUGGUGGGCACUCUGGGAGGACCCCUUGUGCCCCUCUCUUAG